GCGUAACGCCUGCAUUUGGCAAGCAGAAAAAGGAAGAAGUUAGAAAUCUUGCGUGUAAAAAAUGGCGGAGGACAGUGGCAGCAGGAAAAUCACGAUUUCCGUGAAAACACCCAAGGAUAAGAAAUCCAUCGAAAUCGUAGAAGAUGCGGAAAUUAAAGAGCUUCGAGCUAUUGUGGCCGAAAGAUUUGAGGCAGACCCGGACUUGGUUUGCCUGAUUUUCGCAGGAAAAAUCAUGAAAGAUACAGACACUUUAAAGACUCACAACAUCAAGGAUGGGCUAACGGUACAUCUGGUUAUCAAGGCUGCUCCUCGUCCGGACGCUGAUGGUCCGAGACGUCCACCUGCUGAUGUGAGCCAAACUCCGUUUGGUUUGAAUCAGCUUGGAGGUUUGAGUGCUAUUGGUGCACUCGGCGGAAAUCAAACCAACUUCAUGGAUUUACAGUCGCGUAUGCAACAUGAGCUUCUCGGCAAUCCGGAUUUGAUGCGUACUGUACUGGACAAUCCGUUAGUACAGCAAAUGAUGAAUAAUCCUGAUACCAUGCGCCAGAUUAUCACUUCGAAUCCUCAGAUGCAGGAUCUGAUGCAGCGCAACCCUGAGAUAUCACAUAUGCUAAACAAUCCGGAAUUGCUUCGUCAAACAAUGGAACUAGCACGCAAUCCAUCAAUGCUGCAGGAACUUAUGAGAUCACAUGAUAGGGCUAUGUCAAAUUUGGAAAGCGUACCAGGAGGGUAUAGCGCUUUGCAGCGCAUCUAUCGAGAUAUUCAAGAACCAAUGUUGAAUGCUACGUCCAGGAAUCCCUAUUCCGGAACGUCAGAUUCCGGAACAACAGAAAACCCGCAGCAAGGAUCUGAAAACCGAGAACCCUUGCCGAAUCCGUGGGGUGGCGCUAGUGGUAAUGCACGUUCGUCGGAUAAUCCACCACCGAAUGUGUUGAACACACCAUCCAUGCAAAGCUUGCUCACGCAAAUGGGAGAUAAUCCAUCUUUAAUGAGUAACCUGAUGAAUGCUCCAUAUACCCGAAACAUGCUGGAGGCUCUCUCAGCGGAUCCAAAUCUGGCCGCUAAUUUGAUGAGCCAGAAUCCUUUGCUAGCCAAUAAUCCGGCUUUGCAAGAACAAAUGAGAACUAUGAUGCCCCAGUUUUUACAGCAGCUUCAAAAUCCAGAAAUGCAAUCGAUGAUGGCAAACCCCGAAGCCAUCGAUGCGAUUCUUCAAAUUCAACGUGGCAUGGAACAACUGCGAUCGGUUGCUCCGGGCUUGGUUAAUUCGAUGGGCAUUCCUCCGCCGGCUCCGGGAGCUCCGGCCACAUCGACUGGCACUGGUAGUACUACCACCAAUGCAAACACUGCGGCUCAAUCGAAUCCGGCAGUUUUCUCUGAUUUUAUGUCACGUAUGAUCAACGGAAUGGCAACUGGAGCUAAUCCUAACUUACCCCCAGAGGAACGUUACCAAUCACAGCUGGAUCAAUUGGCAUCUAUGGGAUUUGUCAACCGUGAGGCCAAUUUGCAGGCUUUAAUAGCCUCAUUUGGAGAUAUAAAUGGAGCAGUGGAAAGGCUACUUGCUCUGGGCCAGCUAUCUUUAAGUUAACAUGUUUGACUAGAGGUGAUUGAAAAUUCUAUAUAAGCUGUUUCCUAUUUCUGACGAACUAUAAAAAGCAACAAAUAUACACCAAAAUUAUAUGGUAUCCUUGAGGUUAAAAAGUGAAGCGUGAAGUCAAGUAUAUAUGCAUAGUGUACCAUUGUUUGGUAAUAUUAGCGGCCGCGUCGGAGAACUGGAUGGUUGAUAACCCCUCUCGGUAAAGAUGCUUGUAUGUGUGGAAGUUCUUGAAUUGCAGGUAAAAAGGAGGUCUGAAGUAAAUGCAUAGCAUGGGAUUUUUACUUUAUUCCAUAUUUCGAUAAUUCAAUUCAAUAUAGCUACUACCUACAUGUUAAGAGAAAGGGAAAAUAUUUCUAGAUUCAGUGUUAAGUAUCGGCACGUAGGAGCAAAGAAUGAAUAAACGUAUUUUAGUCAGUCACGUCACAGAAAACAGAA